CACCGCAAUUGUAUCGUAUAGUUUGCACAGUUUGUGAGAGCAAGUGGCGUUUAUCCGCGAAAGAGAUCGCCUUUCGCAGCUAAAGAAAUACGGCUUUUCGGCAACGUUUACUCGAACGAGAAACGAUGUCGGACGCGAUGGUGGAUGAACGAGUGACUGAUGAGAUUGAAGCACUGAAAGCAAUCCUAUUGGAUAAUGAACUCAACAUCAAGGAAAAUGAUAGAGGAGAGCCAGAAUAUAUCGAAACGAUACUAUUUCCAUCAACCGGCGAGGACUCACAAUCGCAAUAUGUUUGUGUCACACUGAUUGUACGAUUACCCUCGGGUUAUCCCGAUAUUUCGCCGACUAUCAAUUUAAGAAACCCAAGAGGAUUGGAUGAGGAUACGGUAAAGCUGAUGCAAUCCGAUGCUGAAGCCAAAUGUAAGGAUUUCAUAGGUCAGCCAGUCAUGUUUGAAUUAAUCGAGUUAAUACGAGAACAUCUGACAAGAAGUAAUCUUCCUACCGAUCAAUGCGCCGUAUGCUUGUACGGUUUUCGAGAAGGAGAUGAAUUUACGAAAACAGAAUGCUAUCAUUAUUUUCAUUCGCACUGUUUGGCGGCACAUGUCGCCGCUGCCGAGAGAUAUUACAGGGAAGAGCAAGAGAAAUUACCGCAAUGGCAACAAGAUACUACAAAUAAGUUCCAAGCUAUAUGUCCCGUUUGUCGGGAAUCGAUCAAUUGCGACGUUGAGAGCCUGUGGUCAGCACCGCCGCCGAUUGACGUCGAGGCUGCCACCGAUUUCUCUGUCACCGCCGAAUUGAGGGAACUGCAAAAGCACAUGGCUGCUCUGUAUCUGCGGCAGCAACAGCGGGGCGGUAUAAUCGAUCUAGAGGCUGAAGGCGUGAAGAUGUUAGUGAGGACGGAGGAUGAUCCCGCCGCUGCUGCAGAAGAAGUCAGCCCACCUGGUACAAGUUUGAAUGCAUAUUCGAAUACCACCACCAUGCAAUCGGUUACGCAAGUGCAGCACUCUAAGCAGUCGACGCACCAGUCGCAGAACCAUCACUCACAGUAUCAAUCACGUCAGAUGCAGCACAAUCACGGCCACAAUAAUCAUAAUCAUGGCCAUCGACAUCGGGGUCGCGGUCGAGCUCAUUACCGACGCCACUUUGACAAAGUCAGGCAGACGGAAUCUACUCCCAGAUGA